CCUCGGGGUUCGCUCGGCCGAGUUCGCGGCUGGCCUCCUGCUGCUCCGCCUGGGCUUGCGAUGCUGCCCUUCUCCCUGCUGUGGGCGACUCGGCCGCUGCGGAGAUGUGGUCAGCUGGGGAGGCCGGCCCUGCGGGGCCAGCACCGUGAGGCGGCCCGGACCCAGACUGGAGAAGCCACCAGGGGCUGGACAGGCCAGGAGAGCCUGUCAGAAAGUGACCCUCAGGUGUGGGAGCUGCUGCAGAGGGAGAAGGACAGGCAGUGCCGUGGCCUGGAACUCAUCGCCUCAGAGAACUUCUGCAGCCGAGCUGCGCUGGAGGCCCUGGGGUCCUGUCUGAACAACAAGUACUCGGAGGGAUAUCCUGGCAAGAGAUAUUAUGGGGGAGCAGAGGUGGUGGAUGAAAUUGAGCUGCUGUGUCAGCGCCGGGCCUUGGAGGCCUUUGACCUGGAUCCUGCGCAGUGGGGAGUCAAUGUCCAGCCCUACUCGGGCUCCCCGGCCAACCUGGCCGCCUACACAGCCCUUCUGCAGCCUCACGACCGAAUCAUGGGCCUGGACCUGCCUGAUGGGGGCCAUCUCACUCACGGCUACAUGUCUGACGUCAAGCGGAUCUCAGCCACAUCCAUCUUCUUCGAGUCUAUGCCCUACAAGCUGAACCCCCAGACCGGCCUCAUCGACUACGAGCAGCUGGCGCUGACCGCUCGACUUUUCCGGCCGAGGCUCCUCAUCGCCGGCACCAGCGCCUACGCCCGCCUCAUUGACUACGCGCGAAUGAGAGAGGUGUGUGAUGAGGUCCGCGCACACCUGCUGGCGGACAUGGCCCACAUAAGCGGCCUGGUGGCGGCCAAGGUGAUCCCCUCCCCUUUCGAGCAUGCGGACGUCGUCACCACCACCACGCACAAGACCCUGCGGGGGGCCAGGUCAGGGCUCAUCUUCUACCGGAAGGGGGUACGGACUGUGGACCCUAAGACUGGCCGCGAGAUCCCGUACACGUUCGAGGACCGAAUCAACUUUGCCGUGUUCCCUUCCCUGCAAGGGGGCCCCCACAACCACGCCAUCGCCGCCGUGGCUGUGGCCCUGAAGCAGGCCUGCACCCCCAUGUUCCGGGAGUAUUCUCUGCAGGUUCUGAAGAACGCCAAGGCCAUGGCGGACGCCCUGCUGGAGCGGGGCUACUCGCUGGUGUCGGGUGGCACCGACAACCACCUCGUGCUGGUGGACCUUCGGCCCAAGGGCCUGGACGGGGCUCGGGCCGAGCGGGUGCUGGAGCUCGUGUCCAUCACGGCCAACAAGAACACCUGCCCCGGAGACCGGAGCGCGCUCACGCGGGGCCUGCGGCUCGGGGCCCCCGCCUUGACCUCCCGGCAGUUCCGUGAGGAUGACUUCCGCCGAGUCGUGGGCUUCAUCGAUGAAGGUGUCGGCAUUGGCUUGGAGGUGAAGAGCAAGACGGCCAAGCUCCAGGACUUCAAAUCCUUCCUGCUCAGCGACCCAGAAACCAGACAUCAGCUGGCUGACCUCAGGCAGCGGGUGGAGCGCUUUGCCAGGGCCUUCCCCAUGCCUGGCUUCGAGGAGCACUGAAGGCACCGGAGCCGAGGCGCGCAGACGGGGUUUCUUCCUCGCCGCCGCCCGGGUUCUGUGCCAGACUGGGGCAAGCCCCCCGCUUCGUGGAAGAGCCGCUCCCGGUCCCCGCCCACGAUUUGCCGCUGAGCAGAUCUCCUAACAGGACUUAGAAGACGGGGGGCUGUUUGCCAGGACGUCUCCCACCAUCUCAGUGUUACCCGCGCCCUGCUGUCGGGGGAGGGGCGCCGCCCCGUGAGCCAGAGGAAGGACCCGGCACCUCCUUUCCGUUUUUAUCUAAUAAAAUGCUAACCUGCCCUGGGCUUCUGUUACUGUGGGAGGGGGUCCCCGGGGCCCGUGCUGGUCUGUCUCCCCCACUGUGUUUCUCCCUCCCCCCCCACCACCACACGAGGACCCCCGGGGCUGCCGCCUCCUCCCUGUCUCUGAUCAGAGCCGACACCAGACGUGAUUAGCAGGCGCAGCAAAUUCAAUUUGUUAA